AUGGGAUCAACAAAGGGAGAAUUCACGGCGACGGUGACAAAAAACGAAGUGGUGGCGGCACUGCUGCCAUUUCAAGAGCAUUGGCUGCCACUCACCAACCUAGACUUGCUUUUGCCGCCUCUCGACUUCGGCGUUUUCUUCUGCUACAAGAAACCACUCUCCACCGGCUGCUGCAUGGUUACUACUCUGAAGAAGGCGUUGGCUGAAGCUCUUCUCCCUUACUAUGGUUUGGCCGGCGAGGUUGUCCCCAACGCCAUGGGGGAGCCUGAACUUCUGUGUAACAAUCGAGGCGUGGAUUUCGUGGAGGCUUAUGCAGAUAUUGAGCUUCGAAAUCUCAACUACCAUAACCCUCACGAGAGCAUCCAAGGUAAAUUGGUACCCAAGAAGAAACGUGGUGUGCUGUCAGUUCAGAUUGUAAAGAGAAAGCCCCUUUUCUCUUUUCUGUUGGACACUAAAUUUUACCCGGAGUUCUAUCUCGGCCUUCUCGUCUCGGAUCUGGCCUCCGUUUCGCAAGAAGAUGCGUCGUUUGUCGCAAAAAUGCCAAAAUCCGUUCGACUUUUCCGGGCUCCAAUCGCCGCCGUUGGAUUGGGUCGAUUUUCAAAUAUGUUGUUCUCCAUCAUCUUUUCUGCAUCUUCACCGUUCGGAUCUUGGAAAUGA